CUCCCAAGAAGUGACUCGGUUGUGAGAGGCUACAAGGAAUGUCGGAUUGAGCCUGAGGAACUGAUUAAAAACUUCAAAGGAACUAUUUGUAGAUGCCACAAUAAUGACCAAUAAGGCACGGGUUUUAUAUGACUUUACAGCUGAACCUGGAAACAAUGAACUGACAGUGAAGGAUGGUGAGACUAUCACAGUUACAAACAAGAGCAUUGGAGGAGGGUGGGUAGAGGCAAAAAAUGCCCAAGGACAAAUAGGACUGGUGCCUGAAGACUAUGUAGAGAUUAUUUCCUCUAGUGGACAUGCUAUAGACCUCUCUGCCUUUGCUGGACUGGCACCUGCAAUGCAAAACAAUGGCUCUAACCAGGUGGAGGUAUUGGGCUCUGUAGCUCAGUCGGAUACUUCCGAAAGCCCAGCCCCUGCUGCACCAGCCGCAGAUCAGGGAAUCAAUAACAAUGACCCCUGGUCCAGCUGGAAUGCAGGUUCUACUGGAAACUUAACUGAGAACUGGGGAAUGAAACCAGAAAACACAGAAGCACAGCAACCCCAGAACAAAAGCAACUUGGAUCCAGCAGGAUUUGGACACCCACAGGCUUAUCAGGGCCCAGAUAUAUAUCCAUAUCCGUAUCUAACAGAUUGUUCAGGCACUGCUGAUGACGAUGAGUGGGAUGAUGAGUGGGAUGAUCUCAAGUCUUCAGGGGGAUACCCUGAGUCAGAGUCUGGAGAGGGAGGGGGUAUAAAUCGGAGCGGGUCCACAAUGAAAAUGGCGCUCAACAAGUUUCCUGGAUUUUCCAAACCUGGACCAGAACUGUAUCUUUUAUCAAAGCAGCCAGCAAAAACUAAAGAAAAGAUAACUAUCUAUGUUGGCGAAAUUGGUCCAGUGUGGUCAUAUCCUGAAACUCAGUUGGACUGUGUUGUAGCAGAUCCCAAAAAGGGCUCUAAAAUGUAUGGCUUAAAGAGCUACAUUGAAUAUCAGGUGACUCCAAAUACCACCAAUCGACCUGUCAAUCACCGAUACAAGCACUUUGAUUGGUUGUAUGAACGGCUCCUGGACAAGUUUGGAUCGGCCAUUCCAAUCCCUUCAUUGCCAGAUAAACAGGUCACAGGACGUUUUGAGGAGGAGUUCAUUAAGAUGCGAAUGGAAAGGCUCCAGGGGUGGAUGACCAGGAUGUGUCGACAUCCUGUUAUUUCCAACAGUGAGGUCUUACAGCUGUUCCUCAGUUUCCGGGAUGAGAAGGAUUGGAAAAUGGGGAAGAGAAAAGCAGAAAAGGAUGAAAUGGUUGGGGUGAUGGUCUUUUCUACAAUUGAACCGGAAGCGCCUGACAUGGACCUAAUUGAAGUAGAGCAGAAGUGUGAAUCGUUCAGUAGAUUUACAAAAUCCAUGGAUGACGGAGUUAAAGAUCUGCUCAAUGUGGGGCAAGAGCACUGGAAGAGGUGUACUGGACCUUUGCCAAAAGAAUAUCAGAAGAUUGGAAAAGCACUACAGAAUCUCUCAGCAGUUUUCAGCAGCAGUGGCUAUGAAGGUGAAGCCACUCUCACAGAUGCCUUAACAGAAGCAGGUAAAACAUAUGAAGAAAUUGCCACAUUGGUGGCAGAACAGCCAAGGAGAGACCUACAUUUUCUGAUGGAAACCAAUAAUGAAUACAAAGGACUUUUGGGCUGCUUCCCUGAUACGAUCGGAGUUCACAAGGCAGCAAUAGAAAAGGUGAAGGAAGGUGAUAAACUGGUUGCAACAAGUAAAAUAACACAGCAGGACAAGGUGACCAUGGCCAAGCGUGUGAGCACUAUGUCAUAUGCAUUGCAAGCCGAAAUGAACCACUUCCACAGUAAUCGCAUUUAUGACUAUAACAGAGUGAUGCAGCUCUACCUGGAACAGCAAGUCAAGUUUUAUGAAACAAUUGCUGAAAAGCUGAGGCAGGCCCUCGGCAGGUUCACCACCAUGUAGAGAAGACCACCGAACAGAAGAAAUCCUUUCUUUGAAUAAGUGCACAGUGAAUCCUAUCAGCUGUAAUGUACUUUGUCUUGAUCAUUGCCACAUUUUAUAAGAGUAAAACCCAAAGAAGUUAUUGAGUUAUUUGCUUAGGUGUUGCAUGCAUAUGGGUUUGUAUUCAAUGGGAGAAGCCUAUAUACUAUAAUGUUGAUACUAUAAAGUCUCCAGUGAUUUUUGUCAACAGACACAUUGUAAAUCAGCUUAAUUAUACACAAUGUAUAUACAUGCUAAUUUUGUUUUUCAAGCCUAUACUAUUAUUUUAACAUGGGAAAACAAGCCAACUAUUUAACAUUUUAAAGUAAAGGGAGGCCUGGACCAGCAUAAAGUAUAUGAUAUGCCUUUUCAUAAAAUUAUCUUGGAUUGAUUUUUUUUUUUUUUAAUUUUUUUUUUUUUUUAUUGUUUCUGUAGUUUAUUCCAGUAUAUGUGUAGUAUUCACAUCUUAUUGCCACAAUUACAACACUCAACCACCAUGAGAUACUUAAUUUGCACUAUGUAAAAACACUAGAGAUUAAUAAAAAAAAAUUUUUUUAAUAAAAUGGAAGUGAUGGCUGCAUAAUAAUCAUGUGGUUUUUUUUUUUUUUUGUUUUUUUUUUUGUUUGUUUUUUAGGCACUGUUUUGUUGUCACAGUUGGUUUUGUUUUCCAAAUAGAGUAAUUGAAAAGGUGUCUUCCAAAACCAGCCAUCUUCAUGACAAAUUAAUAUGCCUAUAAGUCCUUCAUUUUUUACCUGCUCAAUUCAUUAAAUGCCAGAGGGACAGCAAAUGAUUUGCAGUUUGCUAUUCAUACUUGUGGUUUGCUUUCAGCAAGCAAUACCUGCACUGGAUAUUUUUAGAGCAUUUUAGAGCACCAUGGAAUCCACCUCUUAUUUUUAGGAGUAAUCCCUGUAUAACCACAUAUACUGUCGGUGGUUGAUGCAAGCCAAAGUGAUUCCCCAGUGCUCUACAAUGUCAUAAAAAUCCAGCUGUGACAUCCUGGCAGGGUACAUGUGUGCUGGGAAAUGAGGUAUUUAAUAUUAACCCUUUAUGACCGAUGGUUGCCCAUCAUUUGGUGCUCCUACUUGUCAAGUUUCAUUGUAAUGACCAUAUACUUUGUCAAUGACUUUUUAAACUAAUUUAUAUGAAAAUAGAUUGUGCAAGUCUAAAAGCAUGGCUUGCAAAUAGAUUUCUUUAAUCUAGUGGGUACCAGAUAUUUGCUAAAACUAGUUUUUUCUUUCAACACUGUACCUUUGAAAUCUAUAUAAUGAAUGGAUGUGCAUGGCAGAGAAAAUGUAUGAAAGCAUUUUGUUAGCUACUUAUUUUAAUCAUUAUUUGUAUUGUAUCACCUUCACCCAUAAAAUUCAAUCAUGAAUAUGUUUCUUUGGGGUCGGUUCAUUUUGCAAGGUACACAUUUGUACCCAAGUGAUACAGCGGAUAAAUAUGACUGAUGACAGUUGGGUAAAUUAGGUUUUACUGUCAAAAUUGAAUAGCAGCUUUGUGUCAGCAUCCAUUUAGUGGAUAUUUUAUAAUAUGAAGUAGGCCACACAAGAAGUAACAAGUGUAUUUAAAAAAAUAUCUAUAUCACUUCAAUUUCUGAACAAAAGUGAUCACUUAUUUGCAUUUGCUUAGUAUUGGGCGUUGUUCUUACAAAAAAAAAGACCCUAAAUGUGUACCAAAGAUUAAUCGACAACCAAAAUUUGUGAAAAGAUUUGUCUGAUUUAAUUUAAGAUGGCAUUCUCUUUAAUUUGUACAUCAGAAAUGUUAUUUGGUUAAAGUGCAAAAUAUUGCCAUGCAUUUUUUUCAAGCUCUUUACCUUGCCACAGGUGUGAAACCACAAGUUACUCAUUCAUAUAAAAAAAUAAAAGAAGCUGAUGCAA